CCCCUUCUUCGGUUUCAUUCCUUCGACCACGACUCCCACAUAGUCCCACCACCAUUUGUAUCGCGAUGGCCUGGACUCCAGUGCUUGGCCUAUGCUGUAUGCUUGGAGGUUCCUUUUGCUUCUCACUGAUGGCUCUCUUAGCUGCAGAGCUGGGCUCCGGCAGAGCCUCACCUCAUAAAUUCGAGCCCUUCGAGCUUGUUUUUUGGCGCUCGCUCUUCAUGCUUGGCAUCACGUUGGGCAGUUCCCUUGCCAAAGGCGUUCGACCGCUGGGGCCGUCGUCUGGGAAGAUCCGGCUGAUCUUGGUGUUUCGUGGCCUCUGUGGAGUGGGCUUUAUGGCGGCCUAUUACUAUUCACUGGCGGUACUUCCAAUGUCCGACGCAGUGGUGCUCACCUACACCAGCCCUGUCCUGACUGCAGUGGGAGCGACGCUUCUUCUGGGAGAGGUUUGGCAUGGCCUGGAUUUCCUGGGCUCUGGGCUGUGCCUGGCUGGUGUGAUGAUGAUCAGCAAACCUCCAAUCCUUUUGCAUCUGCUGGGCUUGCAGGAGGAAAGCGUGGAGCUUUCACCGCUGGGCCUGCUGGCUGCCUUGCUCGCGGCGUUUUGUGCCACCGCUGUGUAUUUGGUGAUUCGAAUCCUCAAGGACAAAGAUGUGCAUUCCUUGGUCUUCGUGAACUAUCUGGCCUUGGCUGCAGUGGUGACUUCUCCUGUCUUGGGUGCUGUCUUAGAGGAACGCUGGGACCGAAGUGUGAUCUUCCAGCCAGCGCUGGGCCUCCUCUUCCUGCUAGCAGCCCUGGCAUCACUGGGAGAAACGCUCUUGGCGGUUGGCUUAAAGCUGGAAACUGCCGCGAAAGCCACAUCCAUGAACUACUUGCAGGUGGUCUUCGCUUUCUUCUUCCAGGGCGAUGUCUUGCACGAAUCCAGUGACGAAGUGAGCAAGAUCGGGGCACUGAUGAUUUCUACCUGGGGUGUGGUGGCGCUGGCAAAGGAGAUGUUUGCUGAGGAGGAGAAGGCAAACACUGCCAAUGAGCCCCUGCUGAAGUGAAAGCA